AUGGGCUUCCGGACCCUCCUGUUCGCAUACAUCUUCGGCGGUCUGACAUUCAUUCCCUUACUGCUUGCCGCCGCAUGGUACCUUCAGCCCCGAGUGGAGCGGAAUGAGAUUGGAGGAGAAGAGACAGCAUGGAAGAAGAGGAAAGACGAUGCAGAUGCGAAGGGAGAUAAUGAGGACAAAAACAGGAGACAUUCUGAAGAUGCCGCUGCGAGUGGGUCAUUUGCGGUGCUGAGGAAGUACGAUCUGCAGGCCGCUUUGACAGCACUGGGAACAAAAACCGGCAAUGGAGACAGCGGCAAUGGCGAUGGCAACACCUCGACUGAGUCCGUAUCCGUCUACCAGAGCAUGUACAGAUCGGUCUUCGCUGGCAACAAACCCGCAACCAGCACAUUGCUACAGCCCGACGAUCAACAAGAUUCGCAGGCCACACGACGGAAGCCUCUGCCGGCGCAAGUGCUGUACAUUGUUCUCCGACAUGGUCACUUGAUGCUAUAUGACACGCCCGGUCAGGUCGAGGUCAGGCAUGUCAUCAGUCUGGCCCAUCACAACGUUUCGCUGCAAGCUGGCGCACAUGACGAACAUGAUCUUGACGAGAAGAAGAUCCCCGAGUCAGAUCUCUUCAUCAAGCGGACCGCAAUCGUGCUCACUCCGGUCGAGCUGCCAAGUGGUGCUCUCCAGCAAGCCAACGCACCGCCGCCAGCGAAGCCAUUCUUCCUCUUCUCGGGCACGAACAUCGAAAAGGAAGCGUUUUAUCACGCUCUUCUUGCAGCACGAUCACAUCCGCCAAUACCUCGCCCGCUUGAGGUGGACACUCUGAUCAAAUUACAGUCUGCACUGCACUCCUCGGCAAUCACCCAGGAGACUAGGGCACUCAACGCAGUCAUCGGUCGUGUAUUCCUCGCCAUCAACCGGACGGACGACCUCAACGACUUUAUUCGAUUUAAGAUCGAGAAGAAGCUCGCGCGUAUUCAGAAACCCGCAUACAUACCGUCUCUGAGGAUCCAGUCUCUCAACAUGGGCGAUGCAGGACCUCUACUUUCGAACCUCAAGCUGCGAGACCUGAACAUCUCAGGCGACAUGACUGUCAGUGCCGAUAUGAAAUACACUGGCGGGCUUUCCCUUACCUUCCUAGCCGUCGCCCGUCUCGACUUGGGACAGCGGUUCAAAGCUCGGACUGUGGAUCUCGUACUUAAAACAUCGAUCAAUCGUCUCAGUGGACCUAUGCUGCUUCACAUCAAACCGCCUCCUUCAAAUCGCAUGUGGUUUUGCUUCGAGCACGUCCCCGAAAUGGAGGUCCGCGUGGAGCCAGUUGUUUCUGAACGAAAGAUCACAUACGGAUUUGUCCUGAGAGCUAUCGAGGAAAGAGUGCGAACGGCCAUCGCGGAAGGACUGGUGAAGCCGAACUGGGAUGACAUUCCAUUUCCGUUCGCAGACACAAGAGGGAGCCAUGCACGUGGAGGCCUGUGGCGGCACGAUGGAGAGCCUGACAAUGAAUCACCCCGCCAGUCAACGAAGAACUUGGCAGAGAGAGCAGCUAAAUCCGCGUCGGUGCCGGACUUCCAUCUCGAAGAGUCUGGUGUUGCUGCUUCGACGGGCAUCACUUCUCAAUCAGAAGAAAAUCUUGUCAGGGUGCGACAUGCUGCGACAAUGCCAAUUGACGACAGCAACGCCAAGCGAAGGCAUGGCGGAUCCUCCAAUGCAGAGGAUGACACGACUGCUAGCCAAGAAAAGUCACCACUACGACCGAAAAGCUUGCGAUCACCUUCCAUUUCCUCUCAGGUGCCCAGUGUGGCCAUCAACGGACAGAAUGUGGAGCCGGUGCGAGCGGACGAUGCGAGCUUGCGGACGGCGUCGUCAACGGGAAGGCGAUCGUGGCUAAGUCGGGCCAAUCCAAAUCAGCCACCGCCGUCAAAAGACGCCGUGGAAGAGCUGCGAGAUUUGAAAGAUCGAGCAGGAACUGCUGCGGCGAAGACUGUGUCCUCGAUUCGGGAUCCCACCAUCCUGCCGCGCAAGAGUGCAGAAUUCGCGGACGAUGGCGAUGCGAAUGAAACGGCAAGCACGAAAGAUACCAAUUCUGUGAGGAGCGAACGCUUGUCGGACGGCUCAACCGCCAACUCACCGGUCACAUCUCGCUCUUUCUCGAUUCAAAGCGGAGAAUCCGCGGCGACAACAGCGACAUCCUCUUCGGCAUCCACAUCACAAACUCAAGCCAACCAAACAAAACGUGCCAACGUGAUCGCUGCUACCGUCGCAGCCACCACCGCAGGGCGUAAUUGGGCAUGGAACACGAUUCAACGGAACAAGAAUGCUCUGUCUCGACCGGGGGAACGGACCGAGCAGAUUAGCAAAGUGCCUGACCAGCCCAUGGGUCGUGGUCAGCCACUGCCUCCUCCGGGUGUUCCUCUUCCAGGACCGCAAAGAUCCCUGUUUAGUGGGGUGCGGAGGAAGCCUGCGCCUGCCUUGCCUGCUCGACGUCCUCUCACGGGGAGCUCAGAGAAUGACAAUCAGAGCAAUGGUCUGCGAGAACAGCGGAGUAAGGACGAUUUGACCGAUGAAAGAGCUUUUCAAGUUGCGGAGGAAGAGUUCGAGCCCUGGCAAGAGAACAGCGGUCCCACUGACGAUGCGGCGAACACAUCCGACCAGUCUCUGCCGCUCUCCCGAACCGCUUCCGAAUCAUCGCGUCCCUUUCAAGAUCUUGAGCACAGUACAUCUCAAUCUGUCACUCCGACACAAACCGCAGAUUCUCCCAUUCGACCCCGCUCUUCCCUCACUCCUUCCCCGAGCCCGUCUCUCCGCAAGAAGGCUAGCCACGAAAACAGCAGAAUCCCUGUACUCCGCUCCAGCACCGGACAGAUUCCGCCUCCUCUGCCCCGGCGCCGUCCAGCGAGUGGACUGAGCUCGCCGGCAAGGUCAUCGCCUCCGCGGUCGCCGGGCACUCCUGUAGAUGAGAAUGGUCAUCUCGAAGUCGCGGCGCAAAAGAACAACCCCGGAGCUGAGAAUCUCGUCGACGACUCGCCGACUGGUUUGAAAGUGCCCGAGAGCCAAGUCGAAGCCGUGGCUCGAGAGAACUUCACAGCAGAGCAAGCGAGCGGGCAGGUUGCCGACGACCCCGGCACAAGAUCAGAUACGCAGGCAGGCGUGGAUGUCGAGGUGCCGGAGGACGUCGAGAGUGAAAGCGAAAGGAGGGAGAGACUGAGGAAACUCGUGAGCUCCACAAUGACGGAUGCCAGCGCGGAGGACAAGUUCCGUCGAGGCGAGGAUGUGCACGAGAGAGAUUUUGAGAGGGCCGACGAGGAGACUGGCGGAGACGAAGAAGACACAAAGUCUAACGGACGCUCGGUGACUGCGGAUAAUGGGAGUAGUACUACAGCGGACAGGAUCCGGGAGAGGGUUGAGUGGCAUCGCGGCCAGGAAUCAUCACCUGACAAGCGUAAUGAGGUCAAAUAGACUGUUCACUUCUAUAGAGCUGGCAUCUUU